UGGUCACAUUGCUAUUCAUGCCCUAGGGCUGCCACCUAUCGAUUAAUUUUCACAACGCAUGGUAACUCUAUCAAUUUCCGUCCUCCAUCUUUCUGCAUUGAAUCUUCACGAUGCCGCCUAAGAAGGACGCAAAGUCGUCGGCCAAGCAGCCGCAAAAAACACAGAAGAAGAAGGAGGGCUCAGGCGGCGGCAAGGCCAAGAAGAAGAAGUGGUCCAAAGGCAAAGUCAGGGAUAAGCUGAACAACCAAGUUUUGUUCGAUAAGGCUACUUAUGAGAAGCUGUACAAGGAGGUGCCCGCCUACAAGCUUAUCACGCCCUCCGUUGUCUCUGAGCGUUUGAAGAUUCGCGGUUCUUUGGCCAAGCGUGCUCUGAUUGAGCUGCGCGAAAAGGGUCUGAUCAAGCAGGUCGUGCAACAUCAUUCCCAGGUUAUCUACACACGUGCUACCAAGGGUGAUGAGGCGUAAACUUUACAACAUAUGUUCAGUAGUCUCAUUCGGAUUUUACAAUUUAACAUGAAUUGUAUGAAAAAAGUACUACGACUAUACUGCUAUGUGUAGUAGAGUUUUUAAUAAACUUGCUUUUUGAUGUAAGGAA